AUGAUCAGUCGUUUGUUUCUUGGAAGCCGUGCUAUUGUGCGGAUCAAGUGCUGCAGGGGGAACCCGACCCAGAGUGUAAAGUGCCGCUUGGGCAUUGUCCGACAUUAUCCGUUCCGGAGUGCGUGCGUGUGUGUAUGUGCGCGAAAUUGUUCUAAUUGGCUCGUAAAAAGUGAUUAUUGCAUAGUGCAGUGAAGAAGGAGAAAAUCUGAAAGAUGGAACGUAUCCACUUUCGAACGAAUUGGGGUUCUUUCGCUCUGCUGUUGCUCGCUUUAGUUGCCAGUUCGGUGACCUGUUUCGACACCCUCGGUGAUGAAAUCAUCCGGCUGGCUAAUCUUGGCGAGGAUGUAGCCGAAUGGCCGGCACAAUUUCAUGAACCGGUUGCCAACCCCGAUGAUGCGAAUCCUUUUCUCUGGAUGCUGCACCAUUUAGAAGAGCCUGAUCGUCUCAAUGCCCCCCAUCACCAUUUUAGGGUACCGGAAGUGUCGGUCGGUGCAUUCGCCGGAACGGAACGGGAAACUGCUACGAUCGCUGGCCAGGAUCGUGAGUCAUUGGAAACGGAUGCAGAAACGUUCGAAGAUGUGAUAGGUCCGAAUCCGGAUGAAAGACAACCAUCGUCUGUGCAUCGACCCGGGCUAACACCACCGUAUCGUCCACCGGCCGGCCAACACCCCGAUGUAGAAACGCUGGACGACGGUCGCCGGCCGCCACCGUUCGAUACGGGCUCGCUGUUCCAACAUCACUUCAACUCGUUCUUCAAUACGCCGCUCGAGUCGGGCUUCUUCGGAUCGGCCGGUCUGCCCGGCUUUGGGUUCUUCGAUACCCAUGCCAACCAGCCAUGGUGGAAAGGAGAAAAUGUUUGUACGGAGCGUGAGGAAAAGGAGGAAGAUAUUGGAUCGCCCGACAACGAGGAGGUUUCAAUUAACGGCGGUUCCACUGGUAGCAGCAGCAGCAGCGGCUUUGGUUUCCAUGGUUUCAGCACGUUCAACCUGAACGUACAGUCAUGUGCCGAAAAGCAGCAUAAGUAUAUCUGCACCUCGAUUAAAAAUGUAAAUGGACGAAAACGUACGGAAAAAAUUACACGCCAAUGCUGUCACGGUUUCGGCCGACCGCGCAAUGGUCCACCGAACGCGCAUUGCCAAAAGCUGGAUCUGUACUCCAUGGAGGAAACGGUCGAGCGGCUUGGUGCAAAGGAAUUCAUCUCAACGCUGAAGAAGAGUGGUCUGGAAGCGACGUUGGAGAAUGAUGUGACGCUGUUUGUUGUGCCGGACAGUGCCUACACCAGUUUUGCCGAGCAGAUGUGGGAAAACAACCUGGUUGCCUUCGAUCCAAUGGCACGAGCCAAACGAGCAAUUGAUUUUGCCAGCAUGACCGCGCGAGACAUGAUUUUGGGCCAUACGGUGAACGGGUCGUAUUACAUCGAGGAUAUUAGCAACGAACAACUGCUUAAGACGGAUCUACCGGGAGCAAACAUUCGUAUCAACAUCUAUCCCCGAGGACCGAUGACACAGACUCGGGAUCAAUCGUACACCGAGCAUCCGUAUCGCUACACAGCCAACUGUGCACCACUUCUUAAACUGAACCGUGUCGCCGAUAGAGGCAUUGUGCACGUUGUCGAUCGUGUCCUGGUACCGGCCCGCAACACUCUAAUGGACAUCAUUGAAGUUCGCGACGAUAUGACGCUUAUGCGCACAUUCCUGGAAAUGACCGGGCUGGAUAAGAUGCUGCGUGAACAGGGUGACGACAAACACUACACCAUUUUUGCCCCCAGUGAUGAUGCCUUCCUCAAGCUCGAUAAAGACAUCCGUCGCAAAUUGAAGGCGGGCAACGGUUGUGCCAUGAACAUUCUAAAGAACCACAUACUGGACAUAACGUUCUGCUCACUCGCUGCUGUUAAUGGCGUUAAAACGUCCACGUACAACAUGCUGAAUGAGAAGCUCGAAUUUGAGUACGCCAUGGUAGGUAAGACGCGUGCACCCACUGCCGAUGUUGCAACGGGCGAGAUCGAAGACGAAGGCAAAAAGACGCAACGUAUCCGCAUUAACGGUUUGGCAACGAUUGAGGAGAGUGACGUGAUUGCCAGCAAUGGCGUACUGCAUGUGAUUGAUAGCGUUCUCCCAACGGACAGUGGUAUGCCGAUUUCGAACACAUUGGCAAACCAUAAUUUAACCAUAUUCAAGCAACUGAUCACCGAUGCUGGUCUGGAGGAGGAGUUUGAUGCAUUAUCCAACCGGACGUUCUUCAUUCCAACUGAUCAGGCAUUCGAGCAAACGGAUGCGGGACGUUACUGGAUUCGUCAGCUGAAAGAACACCCGGAAAACCUGCGCGGAAAUGGCGAACUGAAGGAGUUCCUCGAAUACCACGUGGCUGAACCAUUGAUUAAAACGUGUGCUUUAGAGGAAACAAGUGUACCAACGAAGGCUGGUCAAACUGUUCGCGUUAAUCUGUACACUACGAAUCCUGUAUUCACGACCGUUAUGAACCGAGCCACAGUCAACUGUGCCCGGCUGGUACGUUUCGAUGAGGAAACAUGUGGAUCGGUGGUCCAUGAAAUAGAUAAAGUCUUGGAUGUCCCGAAGAUGAACCUUUUGCAAGCGCUUACCGCGAACCCAGAUUAUAGCAUGUUCCAACGUUUGGUUAGUCUCACCAACCUAACCGAGCUACUAACGGCACCCGAUUCCGGACUAACGCUGCUAGUGCCGAAGAAUGACGUCUUUCUCGAGGUGGAUUCGUGGUACCAGGAAACACUUCAAAACCAAGACGAGCUGGAACGCAUCAUUCGCGCGCACAUACUACCGAACGUUAUUUGUUGCACCGGAAUCGUUCCAUCCGAAUGGCCAUUCGUGCGCACCACCGAAACGAUAAGUGGACAGCAACUAAAGCUAAAUCGUAACCGUCGACCGCAGGUACAGAAUGCCGGCAUCACGAAGUGCGAUGUGGUAGCCAGCAAUGGAAUCAUUCAUGAGAUAAACGAUGUGAUCAAUGUACAGCCACAGCGUACUAGUGCCUCCGGUGCCGCUUCCGGCAACCCGUUCGAAAACUUUGGCAGCCUUGCUCGUCCGCUUCCGUUUUGGUUUAAGUGAGCGAGCGAUACCAUUUUUUGGGAUUAGCCUCUUUUGGCAAAAGGCUGCGUGUUAGAUUGGUAGGAUAUGAUGUAUCCGGAGCAAAGCAGCGUAAUGUUAGCUCGUUAGUUAUUUAAACGAGUACACGCGAGCAUUAGUGCGCCGAACCCAAGGAGGUAAUAGAAUUUUAUGGUAUCUUUAACAUUAUUGUAUUUAUAUAACGAGAAAUAAACAACUAAUGGUGUUUAUGGACCUAUACACGA